CGCACACAUACAUAUAUACACACACAGCGCUACAACGAUCAGCGAGCUUCACCGCACUGACAGUCCACAUUUUACCCUGUUAACUCGAACGGCGGAGCCCUUCAGAUAUGGCGGGGCUUCGUUGAGAGAAACAUAAAAUCUCCAGGCACUAUCAUUCAUCGAACAGUUUGCGUUUGGACAAGCGUCUCCCACAACCCUCCUUAUGCACCGCUGCGGCGUGGAGAAACGGCAGCAGCGCUGAACGAGCAGAAGAAAGAGGACAAGAGUGAUUUUUCCCCACUUGAACGGACAAUGGCCGACCGCGAUGCGCUGCCCCUUCCAUUGGAAGUGCGGGCCAGAUUAGCCGAACUGGAGCUGGAGUUAUCAGAGGGUGACAUCACUCAGAAAGGAUACGAGAAGAAGAGGUCAAAACUGCUCGGGGCGUAUCUACCACAGCCUUCAGGACUCGAGGCCUGUAUGGCACACGAGCGCCGGCCACCCAUGGCACCUUCCUCCGCUUCACGAUACCACCGCAGACGCUCUUCUGGCACCCGUGAUGAACGUUACCGAUCAGAUGUCCACACAGAAGCAGUUCAGGCAGCACUGGCCAAAAACAAGGAGAGGAAGAUGGCUGUUCCCAUGCCAUCCAAACGCAGAUCUCUUGUGGUGCAGACCUCAAUGGAUGCCUACACCCCCCCAGGCCUCUCCCCCCUGUCCUCUCUGCCCCCCCUGACAGACACCUCGUCCGGCUCGGAGGAGGAGGGCGGCCAGGGUGAGGGUACCCCCACCUCCAGCCAGGGCAGUGUCAGCAUGGAGCACUGGAUCAGCCGGGCCAUCCACCAGGGUUCCACCACCUCCUCCUCCUCAUCUUCGACGCAGAGUGGGGGCAGCGGAGCCGCGGGACGCCUGGCCGACGUCCUGGCUCAGGCACAUGUUGGCAAAUCAGGGCCGAUUGCUCACCUCUCGUUGAAGAGGAAAACUAUGCUCGGCGUAGCGGAGAAUGGAAACUCGCUGCGGCGCUCCUGUGAGUUCGGAUCAGAUCUACUUUGGCCACCACCCUUGGAGUCGGAGGAGAAUCAUUCGGCCCCUCCAGACGUCACCACCUACACCUCUGAACAUUCUGCUCAGGUGGAGAGGCCACAGGUGUCCACCGUGCCCAGAACCACACCCAAAUAUGGCAACGCCGAACUCAUGGAGACUGGAGAUGGAGUUCCCGUUAGCAGUCGUGUUUCAGCUAAAAUCCAGCAACUUGUGAACACACUAAAACAGCCCAGACGACCUCCACUCAGAGAGUUCUUUGUGGAUGAUUUUGAGGAGCUCCUAGAGGUCCAGCAGCCUGACCCCAACCAGCCACGGCCGGAGGGGGCACAGAUGGUCACCAUUCGAGGGGAUCCGCUAGGGGUGGUCACCAACUGGCCGCCAUCAUUGGAAGCUGCACUGCAGCGUUGGGGCACUAUUUCGCCCAAAGCACCCUGCCUGACCACCAUGGACACCAACGGCAAACCUCUCUACAUCCUUACCUACGGGAAACUUUGGUCUCGGAGCAUCAAAGUAGCCUACAAUAUCCUCCACAAAUUGGGCACCAAACAGGAACCCAUGCUCCGACCAGGAGAUCGGGUGGCUCUUGUGUUUCCCAACAACGACCCCGCUGCCUUUAUGGUUGCCUUUUAUGGCUGCCUGCUGGCAGAGGUGGUGCCCGUACCCAUCGAAGUGCCACUUACCAGAAAGGAUGCAGGAAGUCAGCAGAUUGGCUUUCUCCUGGGGAGUUGUGGCGUUACUGUGGCUUUGACCAGUGAUGCAUGUCACAAAGGCCUUCCGAAAGGACCCACUGGGGAAAUACCACAGUUCAAAGGAUGGCCGAAGCUGCUAUGGUUCGUCACGGAAUCCAAACACCUGUCCAAGCCGCCACGUGAUUGGUUCCCUCACAUCAAAGAUGCAAAUAAUGACACAGCAUACAUAGAGUAUAAGACAUGUAAAGAUGGGAGUGUUCUGGGUGUGACGGUGACACGGAUCGCUCUUCUAACACACUGUCAGGCCCUAACCCAGUCUUGUGGAUACACAGAGGCUGAAAUCAUAGUGAAUGUAUUGGAUUUUAAAAAGGAUGUGGGUUUGUGGCACGGCAUCCUAACAAGUGUCAUGAAUAUGAUGCAUGUAAUCAGCAUACCGUACUCCUUGAUGAAGGUCAAUCCCCUGUCCUGGAUCCAGAAAGUCUGUCAAUACAAAGCUAAAGUAGCCUGUGUCAAGUCCAGAGAUAUGCACUGGGCUCUUGUCGCUCACCGAGAUCAGAGAGACAUCAACCUAGGCUCCCUGCGCAUGUUGGUGGUCGCUGACGGAUCCAACCCAUGGUCCAUUUCAUCAUGUGAUGCAUUCCUCAAUGUCUUCCAGAGUAAAGGUCUGCGGCCAGAGGUCAUCUGUCCAUGUGCCAGCUCAGCUGAAGCCCUUACCGUGGCCAUCAGGAGGCCCACAGAUGAUAGUAACCAGCCGCCAGGUCGAGGGGUUCUGUCCAUGCAGGGUCUGAGCCACGGUGUCAUCAGGGUGGACUCAGAGGAGCGGCUGUCUGUACUCACCGUACAGGACGUGGGCACCGUAAUGCCAGGAGCUCUCAUGUGUGUGGUCAAACCGGAGGGAGUGCCUCAGCUGUGUCGAACAGAUGAGAUCGGAGAGCUGUGCGUGUGCUCAAUCGCCACGGGAAUGUCAUAUUAUGGGCUGUCAGGCAUGACAAAAAACACCUUUGAGGUUUUCCCCAUGAGCAUCUCUGGUGCUCCCAUCAGUGAAUACCCCUUCACCCGGACAGGGCUGUUGGGCUUCAUUGGCCCUGGUGGCCUGGUCUUUGUUUCUGGAAAGAUGGAUGGUCUCAUGGUGGUGAGUGGGCGGAGGAACAAUGCUGAUGAUAUCGUUGCCACGGCACUGGCGGUGGAGCCCAUGAAGUUUGUGUACAGGGGCAGGAUAGCGGUGUUUUCUGUGACAGUCCUGCACGAUGAGAGGAUUGUGGUUGUAGCUGAGCAGAGGCCGGACUCCACAGAGGAGGACAGCUUUCAGUGGAUGAGCCGUGUUCUGCAGGCGAUAGACAGUAUCCACAACGUGGGGGUGUAUUGCUUGGCUUUGGUGCCUGCCAACACCCUUCCUAAGACUCCGCUGGGAGGGAUCCACCUGUCGGAGACCAAGCAGCUGUUUUUGGAAGGCUCACUGCACCCUUGUAACGUCCUAAUGUGCCCUCACACCUGCGUCACCAACCUGCCCAAACCCCGACAGAAACAGCCAGAGAUUGGACCCGCCUCUGUGAUGGUGGGAAACCUGGUCUCAGGGAAAAGGAUUGCACAGGCCAGUGGCAGAGAUCUGGGCCAGAUUGAAGACAAUGAUCAGGCAAGAAAGUUCCUCUUCCUGUCUGAGGUGUUGCAGUGGAGAGCCCAGACCACUCCAGACCAUGUGCUGUUCACUCUUCUCAGCUCAAGGGGUGCAGUCCUGAGCUCACUGACGUGUCUUCAGCUACAUAAGCGGGCGGAGAAGAUCUCAGCCAUGUUGAUGGAACGAGGCCACCUGCAGGAUGGUGAUCAUGUUGCGCUGGUGUACCCGCCUGGUAUAGAUCUGAUUGCUGCCUUUUAUGGAUGCCUGUAUGCCGGCUGUGUACCAAUUACAGUGCGACCUCCACACCCACAGAACAUCGCCACCACCCUGCCCACUGUGAAAAUGAUUGUGGAGGUGAGCCGGUCAGCCUGUAUGAUGACCACACAGAUGAUAUCCAAGCUCUUGAAGUCAAAAGAGGCAUCUGCAGCAGUGGACGUCAGGUCGUGGCCUCCUGUUCUGGACACAGAUGAUCUACCAAAGAAGAAGCCCUCUCAGCUCUACAAACCCUCCAAUCCAGACACACUGGCUUACCUGGACUUCAGUGUCUCCACUACCGGAAUGCUAGCAGGAGUAAAGAUGUCCCACACAGCCACCAGUGCCUUCUGCCGCUCUAUAAAGCUCCAGUGUGAGCUAUAUCCCUCUCGUGAGGUGGCAAUCUGCCUGGAUCCAUACUGUGGCCUCGGCUUUGUCCUCUGGUGCCUCUGCAGUGUGUAUUCAGGGCAUCAGUCUAUUUUGAUUCCUCCAUCCGAGCUGGAGGUGAACCCUGGUCUGUGGCUGCUGGCUGUCAGUCAGUUUAAGGUCAGAGACACAUUCUGUUCGUACUCUGUCAUGGAGCUUUGCACCAAGGGAUUGGGCCUGCAGACAGAAUCCCUCAAGGCCCGUGGACUUGACCUGUCCCGUGUAAGGACUUGUGUGGUGGUUGCAGAGGAGAGGCCCAGGAUAGCACUCACCCAGUCCUUCUCUAAGCUCUUUAAAGACCUGGGUUUGCACCCUCGAGCUGUCAGCACUUCCUUUGGAUGUAGAGUCAACCUGGCCAUCUGCCUCCAGCCCCACAGGCUCGGGAAGCUUGCAGAUCAGGGGACAUCAGGUCCAGACCCGACUACCGUGUAUGUAGACAUGAGAGCUCUCCGGCAUGACAGAGUGCGGCUGGUUGAACGAGGGUCUCCACAUAGCCUCCCCCUCAUGGAGUCCGGAAAGAUUUUACCUGGAGUUCGAAUCAUCAUUGCCAAUCCUGAAACCAAGGGUCCACUGGGAGACUCCCAUCUUGGGGAGAUCUGGGUUCAAUGCACGCACAACGGCAGUGGUUAUUUCACGGUGUAUGGAGAUGAGGCCCUGCAGUCCGAUCAUUUCAACUCACGCUUGAGCUUUGGAGAUACGCAGACCAUAUGGGCACGUACCGGUUACCUGGGCUUCCUUCGAAGGACCGAACUUACAGAUGCAAGCGGAGAGCGGCAUGAUGCUCUGUAUGUAGUGGGCGCUCUGGAUGAGGCCAUGGAGCUGAGAGGAAUGAGGUAUCACCCCAUCGACAUCGAGACCUCAGUAAUACGCACCCACAAGAGUAUCAUGGAAUGUGCGGUGUUUCCCUGGACCAACCUGCUGGUGGUGGUCGUGGAGCUGGAAGGUUCGGAGCAGGAAGCAUUGGACCUGGUUCCAUUAGUGACUAAUGCGGUUCUGGAGGAGCACUAUCUGAUCGUGGGCGUGGUGGUCGUUGUGGACAUUGGCGUCAUUCCCAUCAACUCUCGUGGAGAGAAACAGAGGAUGCACCUUCGGGACGGCUUUCUGGCCGAUCAGCUGGACCCCAUCUAUGUGGCAUAUAACAUGUAGCAUGAGUGUAUGUGUGCGUUUGUUGCGUUGUAUGUUUGUGUAUGUGCGUGUUUUGUUGACUGCACAUGACUGGUUAGGCGAACUUUAGCAAAUACAGAAAAACACUCUUUUAAGUGAUCACAAAGCCAAACGGAAAAUAUGAUUCAGUCUCCUGAAGGGAAGAAGAAUCACCUCUGCUUUUGCUUGUGUGCGUGUCGCGUUCUUUUUAUGUGAGGUAUUGCGACGUAGUUUAUUUUUAUUCCCCCCUACAUGAGCGAAGGGGUAUUUUUAAAAAUCUGCAUACUGUGGCGAAAUGUGCAUUUUAAGUUUCAGGAAUUCAGUUUGGAGUAACAUGUUGAAAGUAUACAUUGUAUCAAACUCUGUCCUUUCAUUUUAAAAAAGGUACAAAUCAAAUUGUAUUUGUAUGUUGCAGCCGUCCUUCAGCAUUUUGCCAGUUUAGUUUUUAAUCUUUGUAAAUGUUCUCAGAGCUGCAGGAAGAUAAAAAAGAAAAUCGCCCCAUGCUUUUUCAAUUCCUACGUGUUUAAUAUCAUUGUACAAAGCUGAAGGUAAACACAAAGUCGGUUGAUAAUUGUGUAAUUAUGUACAGAUAAUAGUUCUUAUUUAUUUAUCUCUUUUAGAAUUGGUGAGCGAAGACAUUUGCAAAUGUUUUCCUCAUUAAAUAAUAUUGCUGAAAACAUACAUGUAUCAUCUUGAGUGAGUAGUAUCACAUCAAGUUUAUGUAAAAAAUAUAAAUAUACAUACAAAUAUAUAUAUAUAUAUAUAUAUAUAAAAAUAAGAUCUACGAAUCACCAGUGAAGCAUUUCCACUUGCAUGGUUGUAGAAAGAACAGUCUGAUCGAAUAGAUCAACGUUACUCACACGAUUGAUACGAACUAAUAGGAGUUUCAAGACAUGAUGUCAGACAUCCAGUACAUUUCAAAUAAAUCACUAAAGACUACUACUAAUAGCAAUGAAAAAGAUGUUUUGUUAAGCUCGAACAAAUGCUUUAAUUUUUCUAAAUUAAACAAAAUGGCGAUGUCAUUACGAUUGAAAACAAACCCGAAAAAUGUGCCUGGAAUUUUGUUUACAUUCUGCUUUUACAACUUCUCAAAGCUGCACCACAACUUUGCUUAUUUGUUGUUUUUAUUUGUUUGGAUUGAAUUUGUAACUUUUGUAUUGUUUUACUUUGAGUGAUCCAUCAUUAUUUAUUGACAAAGGCUUUUUACACAAGUGCAUUUUUGAUUUUUUACCAUUUGUUUUUAACAACAGUAAAUGUACUACAAGAACAUCAGCAGUAAAAUGUUAGUACGUCCUUAGCAAAGUACUGAUUUUUGUAUUUUCCAGUAGUUUACAUAUCCACAUAGUAACUUUGGUGCAGCUUGUGCUUUUAGCAGCAAAGUGACCGUUUUCAUUUAUAACACACCAGACUGUAAUGCAGAUUUAGGCACUAUCGUGAAACAUAUAUUCCUAAAUGCGUUGCUGAUUACUUUCCAUCCCAGUUGGCUCAAGUGAAUGAAUUAAGCUCUUCUUUUAUUUAUCGGCUUUUUUUUGGGAAAUACAUGCCAAAUAAAAGCCAAGAGAUUGUUGGCACAUGCAAUAUAAGCAAAGCAUGAAACAUGGCCAAUUGGCUAUAAUAAUGCAAACAAAAAAAUGAGUGAAUAAAAAGAGAAUUGUACCAUUCUUCUGUAUUGUAUGAGCUGCAUUAGAAGGGAUGUCCUUUUUGAACUCCUUUACAUAUGGUUGUCAAUCCGUUAAAUCGUUAUGAUGAAACAUUAUUCAGGAUUUUAUUGUUCUUUUUUUGAUAAUACAGCAGGCGUCAGACAGAAAGUAAUUAUGAAGAUGCAGAGGUGUGGAUCGUACUAAAAAUCAGCCUCAUUGAGGUCCAGUUCAAGGCAAAGUUUUUUAUUUUUUAUUGGUGUAAUAGACAUUAAUACUGUGUAUGGGAAAUGAGUUUACACAUUCAAAGAGUGACAAUGCAAUGUUCUCUUAUUUUGUCUGUUUAAAACAAAGGAAAGGAAGUCUUAAAACGUUUGGAAGCUUUAGUGUUGCCAAUCCCACACAAAACGGAAAUGUUUCCCCAUUUUGAAAAGAAAAAAUGUGCACAUAACUUUCAACCUGUGAAGUUAAUUCCCUUUUUGUUAGGAAUCUGAACUUGUGUGAGAGAGUCUGCAUGGUGUCUGUAAAUAUUGUUGGUUAGAGAAAAAAAGACAAAAAAACAAAAUUUAUUUUGUAUGGUGCAGGUGUUUGAAAUUCUGUUUUGUACACAUGAUUAAAAGUAUUAAAUUACACUUUUAUAGAAGCCUGCUUUGGCCUACCUUCACAAAAUAUGGUGCAAUAAAGUGCUUUGAUUGAUAAUCUGUGGUUGUUUAAUUUGCAAGUGUCCCACUUAUUACAGUGUCCAUCCAUCCAUCCAUCCAUCGUCAACCGCUUAUCCUGUGUACAGGGUCGCGGGGGGCUGGAGCCUAUCCCAGCUAACAUUGGGCAAAAGGCAGGGGACACCACGGACAGGUCGCCAGUCCAUCGCAGUAUUACAGUGUCAUAUUUGUUUUUAUAUAUAUGUCAAGUUUGAAGGAAUAUUACAGGUUAAGCUCAAUCAACAACAUUUCUGGCAUAAUGCUGAUUAACACAAAUUCAUUUAGACUCAUCCCUCCUGUUCUUUUGAAAAAGCUAAAAUGUGGGUUACAGUGAGGCACUUACGAUGGAAGUGAAUGGGGCCAAUCUGUAAUAACAUUAAAAUAUUGUUUCAAAAGCAUUGCUACAAGAUAAACAAUAAGCAUGUUAGAAUGAUUUUAGUGUGAUAAAUUGCUUACUAACCCAAUUUUCAACUUUAUUGCCAUGAUGAUGUAAUGUUGUGAACCCUAAAACUGUGAUUUAUACAACUUUGCUCAAAUAAUACCCAAGUUUUAACCCUCUGGAGUCUAAGGGUAUUUUGGGCCCUGGAGAAGUUUUGACAUGCCUUGACAUUUGUGCUUUUUUCAGUUGCUUAAAAACACAUUAAUGGCUAAAGUCUGAUAACACUGUAUUCAGCACAAACUGGGCUACAAUAAUAUAUGAGCAACAUUUAUGUACAGGUUUGUAUUUUUGAGAAAAUAACGUGUAUGCAUGGUUUUUUAAAAACUAAAAUUGUAAGUAAUUGAAAUAAUGCCAUAUAAAACAUACUAAACAUUUGUCCACAAGCCUUUUGAGAAUUGGAUCUUGUAGCCUAGAGUUUUUGCUACAAAAUGAUGUGAAAACCAUCCUGAUCACUCAUUCAUACAAUACAAUAUAGUAAUUGAACUUUUGUAAGACAAUUUUAGCGUUAGAAAGGUCAUAUGCGAGGAGGCGUGAACUAUAAAGAAUAUUAAUUGUAAUUCACACCUGAGGAGACAAAAGACCCCUCCCCUGGGCCUGUCAAUGAGGGAUAGAGAAUGAAUGUAAGGAGACUUAAUGAUCAAAAUCAAGUUUUAAGUUAAAAGUAAUCUGACUAUACAUUUUAUUUACAUAAAGACUUAUUUUAAACGGUAGUGUAGGUCUAAAAUUAAGUAUUUUCUGCUCACCAAGGCUGCAUUAAUUUGAUCCAAAAUACAGUAAAAACAAUGAUAUUGUAAAAUGCAUUUGUGAUCAAAGCUGAAUUUUCAGCAGAAUUACUGCAGUCUUCAGUGUCACAUGAUCCUUCAGAAAUCAUUAUAAUAUGGUGGUUUUCUAAUAUGGGCAUAUUUAAAGUGCAUUUAACCUGAACACAUAUUUGCAAGCACAAGCUUUGUUGAUGAUAAUGAGGCAGCAUAAACACUAGUUAAAAUAUAAUUAAACAUUCAUAUUAUUUUUAUAUCAUAUUACACCUAUUUAUAUCAUACAGCAUACAAUUUAAAUACCUGCUUUAGCCGAAACAGCAUUUAAAUGUAAUUAAAACUUGCUUAUUAGGACAUAUUUCAAAUUUAUAAAUUAUAAACUUUACAUUUCUGCCUAUAAAUCCCUUUAAAAUUCACUUCAAUUGAAAGUGCAUCACUAUAAUCUCAAUUUUUGCUUUUUUUUAGAGGGAAAAGUAGAAAUAAUUUUUGUGGUAAUCAACAUUGGGUCUCAAAUGCUGUUGAUUGAGCUCAACUUGUAUUGACAUUAUCGGUGACAGUAAAUUGUUAUACACCGAUCACCCACAACAUUAAAACCACCUGCCUAAUUGUGUUGGUCCCCCUCGUGCUGCCAAAACAGCACCAACCCGCAUCUCAGAAUAGCAUUGUGAGAUAAUAUUCUUCACACCACAAUUGUUAGAGUUACCGUACACUUUGUCAGUUUGAACCAGUCUGGCCAUUCUCUGUUGACCGCUCUCAUCAUCCAAGACAUUUCUGUCCACAGAACUGCUGCUCAAUGGAUGUUUUUUUUUUUUUGGGCACCAUUUUGAGUAAACUCCAGAGACAAAAAAAGAAAACAAAAAAACAUAAAUAUUAGGCAGGUAGUUUUAACGUUGUGGCUGAUCGGUGUGCGUGUGUGUGUAUUUUAUAUAUAUAUAUAUAUAUACACACACACACACAUAUACACACAUACAUAUAUACACACUAUAUUUUUUAUAAAUAUAAACUUUGGCCCCCAAGG